GUCACUCAGAUCACGAUGAGUAUCUACAGCCACUGCCUGAGUAUCAUGGAUCGGUGUGCACCCGAAGUUGAUAUCUUGGCAGACCUAUGGCGCAAUGAUAUUGUUGACCUACCAUCGCGAAUUAACAACAUUCAGGUCUUUGAUCAUUGGUGGUCAACGCCGGCCUCUCAUGCGACAGUUGGCUGGUUAAAGAUGCGUAUCCGCUUGAUCUUGAUUGCCUUGCUGGUCUCCACGGAUCCGACUUGUAUACUUCAGGAGGUCUGCAGUUGGUUCGGCGUUUAUGAUUGGCUUUGUCUCCAUCGGUGGUCGCCUCAGAAGCACCGGCUCACGCUUGAUGGAUCUGCCUGUUGGGGACUUGAGUGGUCACUGAUUACGCAAUUUGCAGCUUGGUGGUUCCAGCUUCGUGAAAAGGCCACGGGAAUCGUCCGCUCCAUCAGCUCCAGUUUCUCGAGAACCACUCCCGAGGAGGUACAAUGCCCAGGUACUGUGGCUAGGUCAGCUGGCUCGGCGCAGCCAGUUACAGCUGCUUCCUCCUCCAGCCCUGCACCUCUAGUCCUGAAGGAACGGAUCGACAAGGUCAAUGUGGACACUCGGGCCCAGACAACAACGCCCAACAGCUCUCUCCGCCAGAUGACUCGCAAGGAGCUCAAGUCCAUGCGGAAGGCUCAGAAGGCAGCCACUGCAGCAUACAAUCAAGUGAAAGCGGCUCGUGAGGGAAGCCACACAGAAAUGGAUGCUGCGGGAAAGUGCUCAGAUGAACCUGCAGGGACCCCCUCUGCUUCCUCAAAAAUCAAGGCACGCCCUCGGCGCGUUCAGGCAGUACGGCAAUCGCAGGCUGUGCCCUUGAAGAGCAAGAAGAGCAAGAAGGGCUCCAUUCGCGAGUCUUUUGCGAAAAGCAAGAGCAAAGCUUCUGAUGAGAUACCAGUGGUGAAUGCACAAAGCAGUGCAACCGAUGGCGCCCGAGCUAACCCUGUUGGUGCUGCUGCUUCGUCCUCUAUGCCUGAGUCUGUACCGAUACAAGAUGACAUUAUGAUUCAGCGACAACAGCAGCUCCUAGCUAUGCAGGAGUACGCCGCCAAGAGACGCUCUCAGCUUCGACAGCAGGCCCUCCUAGUACAGCAACAGGCAGCUGGAAAUGCUGCAAAUGCAGCUACCCCUGCGGCAGAUUUAUCAGCAGAUCCUGCAGAACGUGCUCCGGCUUCCUCUGCGUACGCGAAAAAGUUCCCUCUUGUUCACAGACCGAAGUAUAUCUCACAACUGGCAUACCGCAUCUUCAAUUCCAUUGCAACCCUGGUCGGUGCCCUCCCAGGUCAGCUUCGUGAACUAUGGCCAAUGCCUCAAUAUUCCCCGGAUGCUCACCAUAGGAUCUGGAGGAAAAGCAGUGACUCUUUUGCCCUGUGGUUGCUGAAGGUCGGGAGAUACUUUGGCAUUGCAGACAAGCUGAAGUGGGUGAAGGCAUGGUGCACCUUGAUGCUCAGGCUGCUUCACAUUAUCACAGCUUUCAUUCUCCCAGCUGAGCUGCAUGCACUAUG